UGUUGCAGAUUUUGUAAUGUCAUCGAUGAGUGUACCAGGAACCUUUUGGAGGAUGUCCUCCAUUACAGAAGCAGCUAGGCCACCAUGGCGCUGCUAAUGCGACGUCUAUUCGUAGACGCUCAGGCAAAGCUGCGCAGAAUGGUAGAAGAACAUUCUCUCGAUCUAGCCUCUCGGAUCGACUCCGAUUACCCCAGCACCUCCCCUGGCGGCCCUUUUGGUCCUUUCUCCACCGGCGGAACCGGCUCAACGGCCAGUCCGGAAAGCGACGUGAAGUUAGCGGACGGCAACUUCACUCCGGCGGUACUACCGGAACCACCCGCACAACCUCCACAGCCUCCUAUAAUUUUCUCUGAUUCUUCAAUUACUGUCGGAGGCGGCAAGGAAGCGGCAGUAGGCGCCGUUCAAGACACCAAACUCAACGAUUGUGAUGUAGAUUUUAAUGUAUUACUUAGAGACAACUCUAGUCGUGUGACCAGCAACUACAAGCCGAAUCGGCACGACUCUAUAGAGUCGAAGAAAAGCAAAUCUUUGUCAGUGGAUCUGAACGAAACUGACAGUGGAUCAAAGAAAGACGUGAAGAAAACUAAGUCGGAUCCAUCCGCGCAAAGGUUGGGUUCUGACGAUACCAAAGAGGAGGGCAAGGAGAGUAACGGAAUGACGGUACAGGACGAAGCGAGUCCUUUAAAGGACAGUCGUUCGUCCCUGGAGACCAGAUCCGAUUCGCCGAAGCCUGGUUGUAGCAGCCAACCAGAUCUAGAUUCGUCUUCCCCCCGAUCCCCCCGCAGUUCAGACGGUGCAACUCGAUGCGCCGAUGACCUAUCAGCCCUUCUCCCUUCCCCGCUGGGCAGCAAAGGCGGUGUAUCAGGGGCAGCCGGAGGGGCAGUGCGACGUCUUCGGGCCGAGAAUGAAAGAUUGCAGGCGGAAGUGACCAGGUUGAGAAGGCUGGUGGUCAGUGGAGCUAGCAAUGUUUUGGCUGACAGGAACCUCCUGUGGAAGGGGAGACCGCUCCUGCAGGAGAUACAGAUGCAUACAGGUUGGAGAGGGAACUGCAGUUAGCCAAGGAGGCUUUGAUCACGCUGAAAGCAGACAAAAGACGGUUAAAGGCGGAAAAGUUCGACCUACUGAACCAGAUGAAGCAGCUGUAUUUGACGCUGGAAGAUAAAGAAAAGGAAUUGAGGGAAUUCAUAAGGAACUAUGGUCAGUCAAGGGAUAAUGAGUCCUCUCUUCAACAACUGUGUACGGAACGGGAGGAACGGGAGCGGGAACGUUGGAGCCUGUUACGACAUGCCAGAGAUGAGGCUGAACGGAGCCUCUCAUUGGCCGCUCAGCUGAAUGCCAAAGAGCUGCAGUUGCAGCAAGCUCACGAACAGUUACAGGAGGCUCGUCGUCAAAUGCAGGCAGCUGGAAUAGGCUGUUGUCUCUCCGACCAAGAAUCCUUAGCUUCGUUGCCUAGACACAGCAUCAACGGCACGAUACCCACAUGUGGCGCUGGUGUCGUCACUGCGGGUGGUUUGACGCCUGGUUCCAUCCCCCACCAUCCGCCAGGGGGUGGAGGUGAUAGGGGGAGUUGCAGCGCCGAUAGUGGUGUCAGGGUCUCCUCAGAUAGAGAAAGUGGAGCAACAUCCGUGGCAGGCAAUCUGUCGGACUCAACAGAUGGCGCUCCUACUAUUGCGAUAGGAGAUUGCAAAGACAUCGAUUCUGUCUCUCUGGCUUCGACGGUUCCUCCACCGCCGCCACCACAUAUGUACCAAUCUUCACUUAAAGACUGCAGUCCGACUUUAUCACCAUUAAAUGCAAACAACUUUUCAAGAUCGAUAGAUCCAGUUUCUUUAUCUAGGUCGGUGGAGCAGCUAAGUUCUCCAUUAGAAACGGAACCAAUAGCAGUAGGUAGGAGAAGUAAACAAUCCUCAAGGCCAUCGAGUGGUCGAGGAGGAACUUGGGGUAGUAUAUCUAGGGUAUUUGCCAGAUCAAGGCAUCGAAACAAAACUAGUUCAUUACAGGAAACAAGUGAGCAUAGUUACGAGCCUUAUCGAAGUUGGUCGCCUUUGACGGAGGAAGGCUACGCAGAAAAACUAAGGUUACUCCGAGAAGCAAGCAGUAUACCUAUGGAAAGGUGGCGAGCACCUACGGUGCUGGCUUGGCUUGAGGUCGCGUUGGGUAUGCCGCAGUAUGGGUCCAAGUGCGCAGAAAAUAUCAAAAGCGGAAAGAUCGGUCGUUUGAAUGGCCAGGUGCUCCUGGAACUGAGCGACCUGGAGCUGGAAUGCGGCCUGGGCAUUCAGCACCCGAUGCACCGAAAGAAACUGCGGUUGGCCAUUGAGGAGCAUCGAAAUCCACAGCUGGUGCGCUACCCUUGCAUCGCGCAGCUGGGACACACCUGGGUCAGCAGCGAGUGGCUACCUGAUCUGGGACUCGCACAGUACUCAGACAGCUUCGCGCAAAACAUGGUGGACGCCAGGAUGUUAGAACACUUAAGCAAGAAAGAGUUAGAAAAAUACUUAGGCGUUACGAGAAAAUUUCACCAGGCAUCCAUUGUUCAUGGAAUACAUCUCCUACGAAUAAUGAAGUAUGACAGACAGGCACUCGCUGUGAGGAGACACCAGUGUGAAAACAUGGACGCCGAUCCUCUAGUAUGGACUAACCAAAGGUUCAUCCGAUGGGCGCGGAGCAUCGAUUUAGGAGAAUACGCCGAUAAUCUCAAAGACAGUGGCGUGCACGGGGGGUUGGUAGUUCUAGAACCGUCUUUCAACGGGGACACGAUGGCAACAGCUCUGGGAAUCCCCGCCAGCAAGAGCAUCAUUCGUAGGCAUUUGACAGCAGAGUUGGACGCUUUGGUGCUGCCCGCAAGGUACGUCGUCUUCUGCCAAAUGGAAGAGCUGCAAGCGGAAGCAGCGCGCGUCAUAUCCAAGCAUAACAGAUAAACCAGUGAUAUUCAUUAUACUCGUACGUAGUAUCCGGAUAAGGUCGUAUCAUAACCGGUGGUGACCACGAAUAUGAGCUUGAGAUCGUUUUUGAAGGUCAACUUGAGUUAUUCCAAUCGAACAUUUUUGGUCCUAAAAAUUGGAAAAAUGGAAAAGCUCGUCGUUCCAAUGUCCUUACACUCAAGAAUGUGGUUAGAUUUCAAGGUCAAGGUUUCCUUCAUUUCUCUAAAUCCUUGAUAUCGUGGCGCACUCAGAAUCUUCAUCUAGGUGGUAUUUCCAGAGAUUUUUAUUUGGGAGAGAUAGAAGAUAAAUUAGUAACUCAUAGAUGUGGAAAUCUAAUGAUGAUAUUACUAUCGAAGCAUUGACUCUUUGACGAUUAAGGUAUUCUGUUCAAUUAAGUCGAUUUAAAGAACUGUUGUAAAAAGCCAUAUGCAUUCCAUGACAAUAUUUGUAUUAGGCAUCCCACAUUUAUUUUCUGUCUUCCGAAAGGUCGAAUAUUGGUAUCGAUACAUAAUGAAUUCAGAUGAUUCAAUUUGUAGAAGCUGAUUAAUUCUUCAUAAUUAUUGUGAGUUUGUUAGAACCUGACAACCAACAACCAUGGGACGCAAAGUAUUACAUAUCUUCUGCUUUUUUAUUAUUUGCUAACCAGGCAAAACAAUAUUUUAAAAAAGACCUCAACACAAUUCUUCUGCAAGCAACUGUGGUGCUCGACAUGUGCCACAACUUGUGCAGACAACAUUCCAGUUUACAUGUGGCAGGCAUUUUUGUAUGGAUAAAGUGCACUAGACGUGCCAGACGUUCUGACAGCCGGAAUAUAUUACAUCUGACGUGCCGGCAACAUGUGUCCGGUACUUGUACUGGAAACGUACUUUAAAUUAUAUACUGAAAGUUUCUCGUGAAUGAUGACAUUUCAUGGAGUCUGGUAUGAGUGGAUAUGAUGGAAAGUCAUCGAAGAAUAUCACCAAAGUCUAUUAGAUACCUACAUAUAAUAUAGCAUCAUCAUAUUUAUUAAAGACGUUAACCGUAGGUAUUGUUCCUUAAAAUAAGUUACCAAACAUUAUUGUGAUUCAUUAAUGCUUUCUCUUACUGUUAUGUUUGAUGAUAUGCAUAUGUGUGUAUAAUGCCACCUAAUGCAGCGAUUGGUUAGGUAGGAUAUAUAAUAAUCAAACGUUUUUUUUUGCAUUUAAAUCAAAUUAUAACUAUAAUAUAAUAGGCGAGAAUAAAGGUUUUGGAAAUAUCUGCUAUCAGUAAUUUUUUAACCACUGCAAACUGUCUUCAGUGAU